GGAAAAAGCAGGGCGUGGACCCACAAAGCAACGUCUGUCCGAUUUCUCAGUUUUGCAGUGUGCAGCGAGGCAGGGUGGAUGUAUGCGCACCUAAAGCGUGGUCCCCGCGUUUUCUCUCUUUUUCCUCUCCCAGUCCACCGUCGCUGACUUCGAGGAUGACAGCCAUCCCAUUGUGUUUACGUAACUUCCUCGGCAUCUCCCGGGUGGUGGGCGGAGGACAUCCGACAUCCGACACCUCAGCGACACGACCAGCUUGAAGCUGCAGCUGAAGAUCUGGGAUGUACGCAUUCCCCAAGCCCAGUGCCGGCAUCCCUCAGCCACCCCACAGUGCGGGCGAGGCCUAUCGCGGCCUGCGCGCCCGCAUCGACCCGUCCCAGAUCCCGAGCCCCGUCGACGCCAUCGAGGCAGACAGGGACGAGUGGGAGAACCAGACAUACGCCACUCUCUCGGGCAAGACGCCCCCGCUGUCCACAACGGACUAUGUCGCGCUCGAUCAAGGCAACGCGAGCCCGCGCCACCUCCGCCUCACCACCACCCACAUUCCCGCGUCUGCAGCGCUCGCGCGCGAGUGUGGCAUACCGCUCGGCGGGAUAUUGCAGCCCUUUGCGGACGGCGAUCCGCCCGAGGAGCCCGUCCCGCUCGUGGACUUUGGCGAAGCAGGCCCGCCACGGUGCCGGGGCUGCCGCGCGUACGUGAGCCCGUGGGCGCAGUGGACGGCCGGCGGGGCGCGCUGGCGGUGUAUGCUGUGUGCGGAGGAGAACGAGGUCCUCCCAGAGUACUUCUGCAACCUCGACGCGAACCUGCAGCGCCUCGACGCGCUGCAACGCCCCGAACUCUGCCGCGGCACCGUCGACUUCCGCGUCUCCUCCGCACCCGCAUACCACACUCCGCCCGCGCUCGCACCCUUCACAUCGGACCUCUCCACGCCUUUAUACGUCCCCCCAACUCCACCGCGCACCACACCCCGCGCGCCAGGCCCGAUACACAUGAUAUUCGCGCUCGACACUACCGCGGACGCCGUGAAUUCGGGUUUCCUCAGAGCGGCGUGCGACGCGCUCAGGGGCGCGCUUUAUGGCGGUGUGAGAGAGGACGGGAGCGAGUUCGCGAGGUGUGUGCCGAGGGAGGCGAGGAUCGGGGUGGUCAGUUUUGAUAGGAGUGUGGCGUUUUGGGAGUUGAGCCCGAACUUACGAGAAGCGCCGAUGCGCGUCGUCGCGGACGUCGACGAGCCGUUUGUGCCUGUGCGCGAGGGGCUGUUCUGUGACCCCGACGAGUCAAAGCACGUCCUCGACGCGCUCCUGCGCGACAUCCCCGGGCGCCUCGCCAACGCCGCCGCACCGGCAAACCAGUCCGCACUGGGCGCCGCGAUUCUCGGCGGGCUCGCUGCGCUCACCCCUACAGCAGGCCACAUCCUCACAUUCCUCACAUCCCCACCGACACUCGGGCCGGGCGCAAUGCCGCCCGCGUCCUCGCUCCUCGCCGCCGACGAGGAGGCGCGAGUGUAUGGUACUGAUAGGGAGAAGACGCUGUUCACGCCACGGAACGAGGCGUGGCGCGCGGUGGCGGAGGCGUGUAAGGCGGAGGGGGUGGGUGUUAGUGUGUGGGUGGGCGGGAGGGGGGUUGAUUUGGGGAGUUUGGGCAUCGUGCCGGGCUCGACGGGCGGGGAUGUGCAUCUGCACGCGCGGUUCGAUCCCGCGCGGGACGGGCGUGUGCUGGAGGAUCAGGUGCGCAGGGCGCUCGGGCGGACGACGGUGUAUGAUGGGGAGAUGGUCGUGCGGUGCUCCAGGGGCCUCAAGCCAACAGCGUACACAUCGCUCUACGCCCCCUCGCCCUCCUCCACCUCCGCCCUCCCCGCGCUCUCGAUCCCGUACAUGCACGCAGACAGCACGCUCUCCUUCGGUCUCGCCCACACCGGCAUCGGCGUCGGGGGAUCGGGAGCGGCGCAGCUCGACCCGCGCGGGCUCGCGCACGUGCAGGCGGCGGUGCUGCACACGACGGCGGCGGGCGAACGGAGGGUGCGGGUGGUGAAUGCGAGUGCGCAGGUGGCGGAGAUGGCGGGGAAUGUGUAUAUAUGGGCGGAUGUGGAGGGGGUUGUGUGUGUGCUUGCGAGGGAGUGUGCGACGCAGCUGCAGACGCGACAGGUUGCGCAUAUCAAGGAGGACUUGUCGGAUCGGUGUGCGUCGAUAUUGCUGGGGUAUAGGCGCAAUUGCGCCGCUGCGACGUCGCCUUCGCAGCUCAUCAUCCCCGAGGCGUUCCGCGCUCUGCCCGUGUAUACACUGGGCAUCACGAAGAACAAGGCGUUCAAAGGCCGCACCGUCCCAGCGGACGUCCGCAACGCGCACGCGCAUUUCUUGCGCGGCGCGAGCGUGCGCAGCACGAUGCAGCAUCUGUACCCGCGCGUUCUCGCGCUGCACGAUCUCGACGACGUUAUCGCGCUGCCCGACCCCGAUCCCGCGCGUGGUGGCGCCGUCUCGGGCUGGCCGGCGCUUAUGCGCGCCGGGCACGAGUGGAUGGAGGCGGGCGGGGUGUAUCUCGCUGAUAAUGAGAAGACGAUGAUCUUUUGGAUCGGGUCGAGUGUUUCUCCGCAGGUUAUGCACGAUUUGUUUGGGGUGGACGAGCCGAUGGCUGUUGAUCCGUUUUGGACAGAGCUCCCGGUCCUGCAAACCCGGCUGUCGGCGCAGGUGCGCAACAUCCUCGCACACAGGGCGGAGCAACGCGGGUACACCCCGCGCAUCGCGUUCGUGCGGCAGAACAUCGACGGCGGCGAGAUCGAGUUUGCGGAUAUGCUCGUCGAGGACCAGAAUAAUGGUGCGAUGAGCUAUAUGGAUUAUUUGUGUCUGGUGCAUAAGCAGAUUAGCACGGCUCUUACCAACGGAGGCACGAUUGGGGGCGGGGCGGGCAUGCGUGCGCCGUGGUAGCACGAUGACAUGUGUGUAUUGUGUGGCAGGAGGCAAACGCUUGCUGCAUUGCUCGUGCGCUCAAAGAGCGUAUGCUGUAGAUUACCAUUGUUGUUUUUAUGAGUAUUUCGCGCACCAGUAUAGAUUAAUAAGUCGUC